AUGAGCGACGACCUCGAAACUGUGAAGCAAGAUAUUACGCAGACUAAGGAAGAGAUAGACCAUAUCAAAGGUCUUCCCACCGAUAACCCAGAGAGGGCGGCUUUUGCCCCUCUGUAUGGUUACCUCACGGAACUACAAAAAAAGGAAAAUAUUCUGCUGGAAAGAGCUCAACCAGAUAAAGUCAAUAUUAGAACGAGAAUUGUUCAAGCAUUCUGUGAUUCAACCGGUGUUGAAUGGCCAAGUGAACCAGCGAAACUGAGUUCUGCCCUUCUUGAACCAUUUCACGUAAAGAUUCCUAUUGAAACUGAAGUUCAUAAACAAUGGAAAUCAGAAGCUGGAGUUAUUGUUGAUGAUUAUUUUGUUGAUGCAGACGUGGAACAUUCUACAGCUGGUACAUUUGGUGCACGAUGUAUAGCCGCAAUUCCCGAGAAAUUAGGUGGUUCGGAAAAUCGCUUGAUUAGCAAAUAUGAUAAUAUAAUUGCUAAUAUGUGGGAGAUACUAAAGGCAACUCAACCUAUUGCUAUUGACAUUGACCGAAAUGUGAGCGAUGCUCCAGGAUUAACAGUGGAGUCCAUGAGACCAGAUGUUCUGGUUUGGGUACGAGACACACUCAUCUUCAAGGGUGAAGAAAAGAAAGAUGGAAUUUUUGAUGUUGUAAAAAAUGAGUUACGGGAAAAGAUGCAAGAUUGGAAUAUAGCAACAAGUGGAAACCUUCCCUACCUUUUGUCGUAUGGUGCAGUGAGAGAAAAAAUUCAAUUCUUUGCGAUUACUAAAAAUGCCAGUUUAGUGGAAAUCUCACCUCGAUAUGAUGUAUCCAAUUUUUCAGGGGCAUUCAAUGUUUUAAUAUCAGCUCUGAACAUGUUUAAAUUUUUUCUUACGGCCGCCACAUUACUUCCUGAUGAAGGAUUUCCUUUGAUGAAAAUUUUAAAGCGAAGUAAUGGCACACCUAUCUCAUUUAUUUCAUCCACUUAUGUCCAGAAACGAAUCGAUAGAUUUGAUGAAUAUCCCUACAGCAGCUUUGACGUUUUACAAAGAGUAUAUGAAACAGUGCGUCUGUGUGAGUAUGCUGCAAGAGCUUAUCAAGGUCCAGAAUUGUUAGAAAAGAAACGGGAUAAAAGGAAACUUGUGUCUUAUGUAGUGCAUAUUGAACCUGUGUGUUUUAGACAGCAGCCGCAUGAUGUCAGAGAAUUGAAAAUAGCACUAUAUCACAUAUUUCAAGUCCUUGUCAUAAUCCAUAAUACAGGUUUUGUACAUCGAGAUUUGCGAUGGGAAAAUAUUUGGAAAGAUAGCAAAGGAAGAUACAUUGUUGGUGACUGGGAGCAUGCUGGCAGGAUAAAUGAAAUACCAACUUUUGUUCUCAAUUGGUGGGCACCAGAACUCCAUACACUUCCCACACCACCUUAUACAGAUAAAGCAGAUAUAUUUCUUGUGGGAAGCUUAUUAGACACGAUGUCUCUAUUACUCUCAGCUGAAAAACUAAGACUUCGUUCACAGUUGAAGUUUGACAAUCCUGAUGAACGUCCCUCUGCUGCAGUUGUUUUGAAACACCAAUGGUUUGAUGAUAUAAGAGACGGUUUCUGA